AUGAUGAGCAUCCACUUCCCCUCAUGGACUGAACAACCGAGCAUAUUCAAGCUAUCCUGCGCCGAUGCCGAGACGUGCAAUCAGCUAAGCAUGGAUUACCCACUCCCGGCCCUUCAGAGUGCUGAGUCUGAAGUUGGUACCAAAAAGAUGGCCAUUCCACGACUUGCAGAAGGAGCAGAGUCAGCCUUCACCUCGCCUGGUAGAUUUCACCGCCGACAUGUACGUCGAGCAUGCGAAUCUUGUCGACAGAGAAAGACCAAAUGCACCGGUGACAAGUCAGGGUGUCGCAACUGCCGCGAGGCUGGCAUCAUCUGCUGCUAUACGGAUGGUAAAAGAGAGAAAUCCAAACGACAGCUGGCCAGUCUAUCGGCCAAAGUGCAAGCCUAUGAAGAUGUGAUCAGAAAACUGAGCAAUCGCUUCGGGGUUUCCGAUGAGCAGCUGGUGAACAUUGCCUUGGUAGCGGAAUCGGCUCCCGAACUAGCAUUAAACGUCGAUGCCAGCCGGGUCUCUGUCAGUGAGCGAAAAUGGAGCUCAGGAUCGGAAGCACCGCCCGACCGAACCUCCUCACCCGGCCCUUUCGAUCAGGGGGACCACACGGAGGAAGACUUCAAUCGAGACGAGACAGCACGAGCCACUGGAUUUAUUGGGAAAAGUUCAGAGAUCACUUGGCUGCAAAAGCUGAGCAAGGAGGUCAACAAUGAGGUCGAAGAGUGGUCCUCGAACAGAUCCCACGCAGGCGAUGAUAAUGGCCUGCCCUCUCCAACCCUGACGCCUCGACCUGAGAACCCCAGUGAUCCAUUGGUGGCAUCUUCGAAUUAUUACAUUGAUGAUUUGGAUGUUCCGAAUACAGAGCAAGUCGAUACAUUUGGGGUGCCCUCGCGUGAAACGGCCACUAAACUGCUCAACGCCUAUCUGACCUCAGCGCAUCCGUCUUUCCCAAUCAUUGGCACCUCGACAUUCGUUUCACAGUUCCAAGUGUUCUUUAGCCAGCCAUCUCUGAAACCCGGCAAUAAAUGGCUGGCGAUUCUCAACUUGGUCUUUGCUAUUGCAUCGAAGUAUGCACAGUUGACCAACGCAGAGUGGAAAGAUGACGAAUAUGACCAUGAAAUGUACUUUUCCCGGGCAAGACGUCUCAGCUUGGAAGACCAGAUUCUACAUCAUCCUGAUCUGCAGCAAUUGCAGGUGGAAGGUCUGGCCUGUUUCUACUUGAUUGCUUCCGGUCAUAUCAACAGGGCCUGGAAGUUAUCCGGGAGUGCCACCAGAGGUGCAUUGGCUCUUGGGCUACACCUACGAAACGUUGGUGUAUGCACUUCGGAUACUUCUAAAGAAAUCCGUUACCGUGUCUGGUGGUCGCUUUACAAUGUCGAUCAUCUUCUCGGGGUCAUGACGGGACGCCCGUCCUGCAUCAUCGAUAGCUCGUGCACCACGCCGCUCCCAGUCCCGUUCGACGAAAGCGAAUUCCAAAAAGAAGAAGUCGCGCAGCUGAUCAGCAUUGGGGGACGCGGUAUAUCGAGCCCUCUGGAUCGAAUGUCAUUGAGCGGCAGCGCAGCAAACCUGGAUUCCACCGCGGACUCGGCCACCAAUGAUACCCCCGCUGAAAGUGAUACCAAAAUGAGUCGUGCUGAGUACCUGAAGAGCCUCCCGCCGUGCAUGUCCCUGUACUUCUUGCAGAUGACCUCAUUGACGACCAUUGCCAAGCGAAUGACGACCAAGCUCUACAGCCCGGAGGCGCUGAACUCGCCGUGGGCGACUAUCGAGUUCACGAUUCAGAGUCUUAUGCUUGAGAUUGAUUCUUGGUUCAUGAACCUGCCCUCGGCAUACGACUUCACCUCCACGCAGUCUUCCCAAUGCCCCUUGGGUCACCGCAUGGGGCUUGCCUUUCUGUUCUACAGCACCAAGAUCGGUAUCACCCGCCCAUGCCUGUGCCGACUUGACCCUUCGCCCUCUGAUGGCGACAAAACGCAUGAAUUCUGCAGCAAGACGGCAGCCGAGUGUGUCGAGUCUGCGUGCCACAUGCUGACACUGUUCCCGGACACCCCAGAUGUUGCUCUGCUGCACCGGAUCUCCCCGUGGUGGUGCUCUCUGCACUACCUAAUGCAAGCUACCACGGUUCUUCUACUGGAGCUUGCAUUCCACUCGCAGCAUGUCCCCGAGAAAAUGACCAUGGUCUCGAAAGCUGCCAAAAAAUCUUUGGACUGGUUAUCAGCACUUUCCAUGACUAAUAUGGCGUCCGAACGAGCCUGGAAGCUAUGCGAUGGAUUCUUCCGCCGUCUCUCACCCCACAUUGGAACAGCUACCAGUGAAAUGUCUGACAAUGAGGAGUCAUCAAAUAACUCUCUUUUUGAUGCUGCUGGCUCUACCAACUCCGCUGAAGCUGGUGACAGCCAAAGUGUUGAUGAUAUCUCCCUGGAUUCAUCAGCAGCUUUACCUACAGCUCCUAUAACCACGGCGGAUUUCAUUACCGCUGAGUUGGACUCGAUUGCUUGUUCGCCGAUCAAGCAGCCUUAUAGCCCUCUCCGAAUUCCUGUGCCUUACAGCCUUGAGGCACCCGACCUGCUCGAUACAUUUACGGAACCGGAGAUAUCUCUCUCGGGGCAAAACUCAUACGAUGAGUAUUUCCCCUAUGAUCCGGCGACUGGCCAGAUCACAGGGUCUUUCUUCCCAUCAGGACCAAACUUGGAUCUUGAUAUGGGGUAUUUCUGGGGUGAUGCAGUGUGUUAA